AUGGCAACCGAUUCCCACGACCACGCCCACGAUCACCAGCCGCCGCCCGACGAGGACGGCCCGCUCACCUACUACCAGACCAUGGAGAUCGCCGUGCGCGAGCUCCUGAUCGAGAAGGGCGUGUUCGGCGCCGACGACGUGCGCGCCGCGAUCGAGGCGAUGGAUGCCCGCAGCUCCGCGCGCGGCGCCGAAGUCGUGGCCCACGCCUGGACCGACCCGGCCUUCAAGGACGCGCUGCUGGCGGACGGCACGGAGGCCUGCGCGCAGCUCGGCAUCGACAUCGGGCCGACCCGGCUCAUCGCCGUCGAGAACACGGAGGCCGUGCACAACGUCAUCGUCUGCACGCUCUGCUCCUGCUAUCCGCGCAACCUCCUGGGUCUUCCGCCCGACUGGUACAAGGCGAAGGCCUAUCGCUCGCGGGUGGUGCGCGAGCCCCGCGCGGUCCUGCGCGAGUUCGGCACCGAGGUUUCCUGA